AUGAUAGCCCAAUUCGAUCGCUACACGAUUAAACAGGUCCCUAGAGAACAAAAUUGCAACGUCGAUGCAUUAACAAGGUUGGCAAGCGCAAGAGAUGCAGAGACCGUCAAUGUCAUUCCAAUAGAGUUCUUAGCAGUGCCCAGAAUCAACUUUGCCACUGGCAACCACACCCUCAGUGACCGUGCCUUGGUGACCCCACCAUCAGCGACCGCACCACCGGUGAUCGUGCCCUCAACGAGUGUACCACCGGUGACCGCACCAUCAUUGACUCCACCAUCGGCAACUGAACCCUUGGAGAUCACGCCAUCAGUGACCGCGCUCUUGGUGACCCCGCCACGAGUGACCGCACCCUUGGUGAUGCCAUUGGUGAUCGGCAAGCUCACUACCAGCAACCGUGCCCUUGGUGACACCAGUGGUGAAGACCACAACACCUAA